AUGUGGAUGAAGGGGAAACAGGCGAUUGUUCUGCUCUCCGCUCAGCUUCGUCGGCUCGAAGUGACAAGCUGGAAGAGCAAGGAGACUCAGGCGGCAAGAGUACUGCAGCAUGGAUGGAUCUGCUACAUGUCUCGCAGGUUCUUCCGGCGACUCCGCGAGCUGCAAGCGAGAGAAGUUGAGAGUCGACUUCGAGGAGAGCGCCAGCGACGCUCAGGCCGCACGGGGCAGCAGGAGGGAAGAGGGAAGGAGAGGACGAGGAGCCAGCUGAACGAAGGGAAGGAGGAGGAGGCGUGCAAGCCUGGCCUGCCGCUGCCAGCGACGAUCAGCAAGCUGAGGCUGCGGCAAAGUUUCCGACUGAACCUGGAGCUGCUCAAGGGGGGAGGAAAGUCUUCGCUCGCCGACAACGAGGAAGGAAAAGACGUUGAGGUGGUGCUGCGAGCGGCGAACGAGCAGGUGGAGCAGAGCUACAAGAAGUUUCUGGAGAAAAGGAGGAGCGGGAGCGAGGAGAAGGAGAAAGGAGGAAAAGAUCGCAAGCGGAAGGAGGAGAAGGGAGGCAGGAGGAUGGAGGUGCCGGAGGAGGAGAGGGAGAAGAUGGCUGGGGGGAGAGAGACGGAGAGGGCAGAAAGUCGCUCCUCCUCUCUCCGCCUCCGCGAGCGAGUGGCUGCCCUUUCUGCCCUCUACGAUGAGCCCGAGAAGAGGGAGGAAGCUGGGCUUCAGUUGGGGAACGUCAGCGCGAGGGAGGAGCUGGACUCUCCCGCCUCCUCGAGCUCCAGCCGUCGAUCGUCCUCGAGGGCCGCGAGCCCCAAGAAGUGGACGCAAACGAGGCCGCAGGAGAUGCGCGACUCCACCGCGCUCCUCGAUGCUUUCCUUGAGGUGCCGACGCCGAGGACGACCAGGUCGAUGAGGACGAAGACCAAGACAACCGGAGCCUGGGAUUCGGAGGGACUUUACAGCAUCUUGGACUUCGUCGGAAAAGACAGACUUGGAGGAGCAGCAGCAGCACGAGGGGGAGGGGGGGCAGGAGGAGGAGGAGGAGGAGGAGGAGGAGGACGGUUGUACAAGCGAAGCCAAUCAGCCAAGACAAGAAGGAAUGAGGCAGGAGCUGCCGAGAGGUUCGCUUUGAAGCUCGCGGAGAUGAAGCAAGAGGAAGCCAGUGCUGGAAACCUCAAGCAGGCAAAUCCGUAUGAGGAGCCCAUGAAGAGAUCCUUCGCUGUGCGGCCGUAA